UUUUUUUUUUGUUGCGUUCAAGUGCGUUCGACUGUGCAACAGGCGAGUGUAUCGUCGGCGGCUCAGACUGGCAGCACUCCAGACGCCGAUUGUUUGGUUAGGCACUCAGUACAUUGCCGUCGACUGAAGAGGGCGUAUCGCAGGCGCCAAAGCACGCAAAACUGUGAGAAAGUGUAUGAAAGAAAAAACCAAUUCGGCAAAAGUGAUAAAGAAUGUGUGUUGGAAAUGGCUUUAGAAAUCUUAGUUUGUGUAUAUUUUAAUUAAACUACGGCGUGAAAGCGAUUAAACCGCAUGAGAGUUAAAGAAAAUUUGUGAAAAAUAAAAAUUUGGAAAGUGUGCAAAUAUUUAAAUGUUAAUUAUUAUUUUUUAUUAUGUGUUAAAUACGCAUUAGUUUAUGCAUUUUGAUUGUAAUUAUGUGCUUUUAGCAUGCACCAGCUGUAGCUGCGCCGAAAAGUAUGCAAUACAUAUAACUGUAUAUGUGAACACUAGCCACGCUGUGUGUGCUUGCACGACAACCACUUGUGAAUAUCGAAAUAUUGUGUGUAUUGUCAAGGCGAAACUAACACAAAAACAACAACAAUAACAAAAAAAAAAACAACAACGCUAACGUUAGCAUGCCACACAACAGCAAAUACCGUAACAAAGUUUCUUGGAAAUAUUACAACAACAAGCAUUGAAAUAUUCCGCACGCAGCAUACGCAGUAGCGUGCACAACAACAACAAUAACAAGAAGCACGUUGAAGUUGAGGUUUUAACUGACAACAGUUAACCGUAUUGCUACCGAACAACAAACACAAUACCCAAAAGUACUAUUUCUCAGCGCUGCCAACACACCAGCAGACUGUCAGUUAUUUACACUGUCGUCGCCGUUGCUUAUUUACACUGCAGGAAAUGGAUUUUCAAAGCCACAACAACACAAGCGGAAAUAAGUUUGUCUGUCCCAGCGACAGACAGUUGGCAUUGAGAGCAAAAUUACGCGCUGGAUGGAGCAGCUCCAAGACCAACGAACCACUUCGGCCCGAUGAGCAAGCCGCUAUUAUUUCCGUUAUACGCCGAAAUGAGGAGAUUGAGACUGCUGAGCGGCAACGCGUGGGCCGACUUGUCGAGCGUGUGGAGAAAAUUAAACAACGCGCCGUCGAAGGUGGUCCAAAUUGUUGCCGGCUCUGCGGUGACACUUUUGGACUACUGCGUUCGACGCGCAUCAUUUGUGAGGACUGCAAAAAAUCGGUAUGUGCUAAGUGUAGCGUCGACAUUAAUAUACGUUAUCAUACCAGUGAUCGUACGCGUGAAAUAUGGUUGUGCCGCAUCUGCUCGGAGACGCGUGAAAUGUGGAAAAAAUCUGGUGCAUGGUUUUUCAAAGGGCUUCCCAAUUAUGACGCACCGAGCAGCACUAAUUCGACACCCACACAUCAGUCAGCAAGUGGCGGCGCCAGGUCUGAUGUGUUGCUGCCGCCGCGUGGCGCACAAAGCUGCAACAACACGCCCACACGUAAUGUGCGCGUUAAGAAGCUGACAAUACAUGUGGACGAUAGCAGCAGUUCGGAAGAGGAUACAAAUGUUGGCGGUGGUGGUGAUGUUGUGGAUGGCGCCAUCAGCACUGUAUGCGCGGCAGCGCCGUCAACAACAGCACGCACACCUAACAGAAAUUCCUUCAACGCUGAUGUCUCACCACCGGCAGCGACGCGUAUGCAACGUGAGGACAGUUUUCGUUUACGCACUUUCGGCUCCAUACGCAGUUUCAUUGAUAGCGGUGAACGUAAACUUUCCAAUUCUUUUUUCGCCAAUCGUCAGUCAUCCCGAACAGAAAGUAGUCAGCAGGACUAUGAUACCAUAUCAACGGCGUCAACUGUUACGUCGGGGAACAAUAGGCGUGAGAGCAACUGUAAUUAUACGCGUCGCAGUUCCGUCUCGUCAUCUUGGUCGAUUAGCGGCGAAAGUUCAUCGGGCAAUUCGGCGAACACGAGCAAUCAUGUGCCCAAUCACAAUCAAGUUAAUUUGCAUUGUCGCGAAUUGCUCGGCUGGCUCGAGGUAGCGGUUAGCUAUCGUGAGAGCGUACAUAGUUUAGAUUGUAUAAUGGUAAGAGCACGCGAUCUACCGGCUAUGGAUGCGGCCGGCUUAACAGAUCCCUAUUGUAAGGUGAAUCUUGUGACGCCCGAUAGUAUAACGAAGUAUUCGCGUUGGUUGCGCACUAAAACGGUACAUAAAACACGCAACCCGGAAUUUAAUGAAACAUUGCAAUUUGUGGGCGUCGAACCGGAAGAACUAGGCGGUUCGUCGCUGUAUGUGGCGAUAUUCGAUGACGACAAGUACGGCCAUGACUACUUAGGAGGCGCUAAGAUAGCGCUCUCGCCGAUACACAAUACCAAUCAAUAUCGCAUAUCUGUGCCGUUGGGUGGUGAGGAUCGUUUUAGCAAUGAAGCGGAACUGUCACAGGAGUGGCCGCAUGGAAAAAUUUUAAUUUCACUCUGCUAUAAUACAAAGCGACGUGCUUUGGUAGUGAAUGUGAAGCAGUGCAUCAACUUGAUACCGAUGGACAACAAUGGCAGCUCGGAUCCAUUUGUUAAGCUACAACUGAAACCUGACUCGCAUAAGAAUAAAAAAUACAAAACCGGUGUCAAAUGGCGCACAUUAAAUCCAAUAUAUCGCGAAGAAUUUUAUUUCGAAUCCAGCCCACAUGAUCUGAAUAAACAAACGUUGUUUAUAACCGUUUGGGAUAAAGACAUUGGCAAGAGCAAUGAUUUUCUGGGCAGUUUGGUAAUCGGCUACAACAGUAAGGGUGAACGUUUACAGCAGUGGCUGGAUUGCAUAAAAUUGCCGGAUCAUUUUCACGAGAAAUGGCAUUGUUUGUCAGGAGAACACCCAACGCAUUGAACACAUUAAACAAAUUAAUGAUGGAGCAUAUUGAAAUUUAUAAAAAAGUAAUACUUAUAAUAAUAAUAAUAUAAGAAGGAACUGACCAGGGUUGAGAAUUUUGAAUUAAAAAAUUUUAUAUUAACAACUAGAUUUUCAAUUUUAAUUCCAAUUUUGCGAUUGGGAUUAAAAAUUGAAAAUAUCCCAAAAUCAGAGUUAAAAGUGAUAAAAAUACAUGUAAUGUAAAAGUUUCCCGAUCACUGCACUAGAGUAUUGAAGAUGUUGAGACUGUGCGAGCUCUAGUUCAAAAUGAUAGUAUACGAAGUACGCCAGCGUAAAAAAAUGUUAAUUUAAAAAGAUUUUUUUAUUUUUAUUUUUUAUUAUAAACUUAGAAUUAAAAUUGUUCUUAUUUUUCAAUACGGUAUUUGGGUUUAGAAAAAGGAAAAUUAUUUUUAAUUAAGACUUUUGGGAUUAUCAAAAAAAAAAAAUUUAUCUUAAUACAAUUAUUUUUUAAAGCAUUAUUUGCAAUCCUGGACCUGACAGAAGCAGCAUAUUAAAAAUAUACUAUGUAAAUAUGCACUUGGAUCAAUGUGCAGUGCAUUUAUAUUGUAUUUAGAUAUAGUUACAUAUGCAUUAUAUACAUACAUACAUAAAUAUACAGAUGUAUGAAUGCAAUCCACCUACAGAAAUUGUUGCCAAAACUUUGAAUCUAAUAACUAGAGUUAAUUUACUUUGUUAUAGAAACUGCUACACGAACUACUUACAUAAGUUAUUUACUAUACAUACGUACUUAUGCGUUUAAUAAAAAUUGUGCUGUAAAUACUUACAAGCAUACACAUGUAUGAAGGUAUUUGCACAUGUCUUUGCUUGUCACCUUUAUCAUCCGCAACGGCAUCGUCAACCCUCCUCAUUCAGCAUUUAUUACCCCAAUUUUGCUGCAUUCUAUUUUAUAGUAAAUACUAUAAAUUGUUUUUAAGUGUCCUUAAAUGGGUUAAAUAAGCAUCAAUCAAACAAGCACACGCACACAUACACACGAAAUAUAUAUUUUUAAAUAGUAUUAAGCAAAUAUGGCAAAAAUAAAACACGAUCUGUAACUGCUCUGUAAGCGAACGCGUAUGCAUUAAUGCACAAAAUGACUUUGUUUAAUGCAAAACAAAAACGUUGCUGGAAUAAAAUAUGUGAACUUGGUACGACAAAAUAAAUAUAAAUAACUUUUAUUUUAAUUUUGAGCAACAAAUACACUAUUUAUUGCUAUUAAAUGUUUAGCUUGGUUUUAACUUUCACUUAUUUAUGAAUGUUUACAGAAGGUGCGUUUAAUGGGCAUACGUUACAGAGAUCGUUCUCUGCACGUUUACCUAUAUGACAUUCUUGCAUGUGCUUCGUUCAAAUAUUUCAUUAAUAACGUUUUAAAAAUAUAAAUUCAAACCUACCAGUAAUUAUUUUUUACACUUACACUUUGACAUGCAGCCAAAUGUUAAUAUUUAACAUACAAAUAUGUAUUUAUAAUAAGCUUUACAUACAUAUGUAUUUAGAUUUAAUGAAGAUUUGUCGCAGCGGCAAACUGUGCUGGAGUGAGUGAAAUCAAAUUACGCUAAAUUAGUGUAUACAUAAGUAUACAUACAUACGAACAUAUGUAUGCGUUUUAUUUACUCAGCGCCGGUGUUUGUGCUUUUUAUUUCCAUAUUCUAAAUUUUGUUUACUAACAAAAAUACCAAUAUAAGCAUUGUUGUUGCUCAAAUAAAUGGCUGGGAGGUAGUGUGAUAGCCACUAGCGUUGUUAGCAGCUAACUAUAGCAGCUAAUGGCACCUGGGUGGAAUAUUUAAAAGAAGUACCACCUUAACCUUGCGUUUUUGGGAAAUUAAUUAAAUAUUCUGGGUGGUGUCUAGCAUUUUUAUUGGCGUUUGCAAUAAAACUUGCAUAGUUAAUUUAUGUGUUUUUUUUGUGAACAAGUGUUGAGAAUAAAUUGAAAGUAAACAUGGAACAUGAAAAAAUAAUGUGAAUAUUGCUAUUUUA